AUGUCAGUAGUAUGUGAAUCUCUACCCCCCUCCGUUGGCUGCUCUUCCCACGCCCGACUCCGAAUUGUAUGGACCGGACCCAUACGACAUCAAUUCAACUUCCCCAUCUACCCCGAGUCGCUUGAGAGUGAGCGCGUGCACUUGACGCCGUCUAUUCCCUCCGUACACGGCCAGUCCUACUGGGACAAUGUCGGUGCGCACUGCGAAGAGCUCUACCAGUACCUCCCCUUCAUUCAUGACAGCCUCGCUAAUUUCCUCGAGUAUGUGGAAAAACACUACCGCCAGAACCCCGAGAGGAUCAUGUUCGCGAUUAUUGAUCAGGCGCGGUGCGACGACGCGCACCCGACGCUCGGCGGCGGGAGCCUGGCGGGCGUGAUCGCGCUGCUGCGCGCGUUGCGGCGCAGAGCCCGUCGCCGACAUCGGGUAUGCUCUCGUCUUCCCGACCUUCCAGCACACGCAUGUCGCGGCGAAUGCAUUGGGGUUCCUAAUGCGGUACUCCCUCGAGUUGUCGAGCGCAUCCCUACCGGACCUGGGCCUGCGAAGGGUACAGUGGGUGACGGGUCUGGGCAAUCAGGCAUCGAUAGGACUAGCAAAGAAGAUGUAGCUUAA